AUGGCCAAAGCUCCCUACAUCAAAGGGGAGGACGUGUCCGAUAAAUGUGUCAAGAAAAGCCCCAAAGAAUGUUUCGAUCACUAUAACACCUUUUACCUUCACGGUGUCUUGGCUAAAGUCCUUUCCAAUGGUGUUAGUAAACCGAGCCACGUUACUGACCACACCAAUUCGCCUCAGAGUAGUCCAGACAAGAAUUCGAAAGUUCCCCUCGAACCACUUGAACAACAACUCCUCGGCUAUAUGGUUUUACGAGACGAUUUUGAAAAGGUACUUGAGGCACUGUUCAUCAAGUUACUUCUAGGACUACGACAAUGA